AUGGCGAGCGGCGGCGGCGGCGGUAACACCGGCGCGGGCGGGGGACCCGGCCUGAGCUUCGGCCUGGGCCUGGGCCUGAGCCUCGGCAUGGGUGAGGCCACCGGCGAGGCGGAGGAGGAGGCGGCCACGGCCGAGGCGGUGGGACGCCUGGCCACGACGCUGUGGCUGCGGCUCCGCGGCUGGGAGGCGGUGCUGGUGGCCGCGCAGCGGCUGCUGGUGUGGGAGAAGCCACUGCACAGCCUGGUCACCGCGGCCGCGCUCAACGGCCUCUUCUGGUUACUGUCUUCGUCGUCCCUUCGGCCCUUCUUUCUGCUCAGCAUCUCACUGUUGGCCUAUUUUCUGCUGGAUCUUUGGCGGCCUCGCUUCUUCCCUGAUGUCUCAGCAUCAUCCCCAGAGGAGCCACACUCUGACAGUGAGGGUGCGGGGUCAGGCGCCCGGCCGCACCUGCUGAGUGUGCCCGAGUUGUGCAGAUACCUGGCUGAGAGCUGGCUCACCUUCCAGAUUCACCUGCAGGAGCUGCUGCAGUACAAGAGGCAGAAUCCAGCUCAGUUCUGUGCUCGAGUCUGCUCUGGCUGUGCUGUGCUGGCUGUGCUGGGGCAUUAUGUUCCAGGGAUUAUGAUUUCCUACAUUGUCUUGCUGAGUAUCCUGCUGUGGCCCCUGGUGGUUUAUCAUGAGCUGAUCCAGAGGAUGUACACUCGCCUGGAGCCCCUCCUCAUGCAGCUGGACUACAGCAUGAAGGCAGAAGCUGAUGCCCUGCAUCACAAACAUGACAAGAGAAAGCGGCAGGGGAAGAAUGCACCCCCGGGAAGUGAUGAGCCUCUGGCAGAGACAGAGAGCGAAAGCGAGGCAGAACUGGCUGGCUUCUCCCCAGUGGUGGAUGUGAAGAAAACAGCCCUGGCCUUGGCCAUCACGGACUCGGAGCUGUCAGAUGAAGAGGCUUCAAUCUUGGAGAGUGGUGGCUUCUCAGUGUCCCGGGCCACAACUCCACAGCUAACUGAUGUCUCAGAGGAUUUGGACCAACAGAGCCUGCCAAGUGAGCCAGAAGAGGCCCUGAGCCGGGAGCUAGGAGAGGGAGAGGAGACAGAGCUGGCCCCUCCCGAAGACCUGCUGGCCCCACCUCAGACCCUCUCAAGGCAAGACCUGGAUUUGGAGGAGGAGGAAGACAACGUGGCAGACAAGGAAACCUUGUUGCGGCUCUCAUCCCCCCUUCAUUUUGUGAACACGCACUUCAAUGGGGCAGGGUCUCCCACAGAUGGAGUGAAGCUCUCCUCUGGAGGACCAGUGGAGAUACUGAGCCCGGAGGCAGUGAGUGUUGAACUCACCACAGCACCCAGCACCCUGUCACCCCUGCUCUCCCUUGCUGAAGGUGACCCAGUUCCCUCCCGCUCAGUGCUUCCACCUCUUCCCCAGGACUUACCCCAGCCCCUUCCUGCCCCUGAGGAAGAAGAGGCACUCACCACUGAGGACUUCGAGUUGCUGGAUCAGGGGGAGCUGGAGCAGCUGGAUGCAGAGCUGGGGUUGGGACCAGAGACAUCCCCAGAGCCUCCUAAUGCUCCAUCCCCUCCACCCCUAGAGCCUGACAACCUGUCCCUGGUACAGUCAGACCAAGAGGCUCGGGCCAUGGCAGAGCCAUGAGCCAUGGGAGAAGCAGUUGCAGGCACAGUAGGACUUCCUGGUUAGAGGUAUCACUGUUUCCCCCUUUCUCUACUAUUUUGGGGAGAGGCAACACGUGGGGGAGCUGGCUGUCAGAUGGUAGCCAGUCCACCCUCUGCCUGCCUGCCUGCUGUCCCAGGCCUGGUACUGUCCCUGUGCCUGGGAUUGGUUUUAAGUUUGUAAAUAAUUUUACUUUGGGGUUAGUGGAUGUGAACAGGGCUAGGAAAGUCCUUCCCACAGCCUGCACUUUGCCUCCCUGCCUCAUCUCUAUUCUCAUUCCACUUUGCCCCAAACUGUGGUGGUCUCUCCCUUUCUAUUUCCUCCUAUCCUCAGGGACCUGUGCUCCUCUGUCCUCGUGUCCCACUGGUUGUUUAGUUCAGGCACUUUAUCAUUUUUCUCUGCUGUCCCAUGCUCUCUGCUUUAUUUCCCUGCUGUGUCCUGUCCUUAGCACCUCAGCCCCUAUACUUUGCCAGUUCCUCCCUAGCUGUAGGGAGGCUCCUAUCUGGGAGGUAUAGACUCAGCCUGGGGUGGGGAUCAGGCCAGUUGUUCUGCACUUAGGUCACUGUAUCCUUGUAACAUUCUCUAUAACCUUGCCCUAGUUCAUUCAGCCUUUCGUGAUACAGGAGAGAGCAGGGAUCUCAGCACACGUACCAGCACUGCAUGAGUGAGCAGGAGCUCUGUCUUGUUGGGAUGAUAGACUCUCGAACCAUCGUAGGGAGGAGUAAGAAGACCUCCUCCUCUGGGCCAUGGGUGGUCCAAGUGUGGUGGGACCUCUACUAGAGUCAGGAAGUGGGUGGUAACAUCUGUGCAGGUGUCAACUGGAAAAAUAAAGUGUUGAUUGCCUAGAACUGCUGCUGCCUGCCUGCCUGCCUGCCUCACUGCAAGCUGCCCCCCACACUGUGCUCUGUCCCCUCCUCACCCCCUACCUCCUUAUCCCCAGUCUUGUUCCUGGCUAUUUAUUUACCUUGUGCGGAAACAAAGCCAGAGGCAAGAAUUACCCUGACAGCCCUAACUUCCCUUAGCCAUCUUCCCUGACAGUGUGAUAUGUCUAGUGAGAUUUAGCAUGUGUGAAUAAAGUGUAUGCAGGAAGAAACUGCUUUGUCUUCCCAAUCAAUAGAAAUUUGGGACCAUAACAAUGACUUUCUAUACUAUGUCCCCUAUAACCUUAACUCUCUUCUCAAGAAGUCCUUACCCACUUACAUGCUAACAAUUUACUCAGCCCUGAAUUAUCAAAACUGGGGAAACCAAGUAAGCAAAUUCCUUGAUAGACCUAAGUCAAAGAAUACUAGAAAAACAGCCUCCAACACUUAGUGAAUGCAUAACAUGUGCUUGGCACUGGCCUAAGUGAUUUAUGUUAACAUUUUGUUCUUGUACUCUGAGAUACAUACUAACCCCAUUUUAGAGUCUUUGUAAGUGAUGGGACCAGGAUCUAAAACCCAAGCUGUUUGGCCCUGGGGAUCACCCUGGAACAGGAAGCCCCUGUCUGUUAAUAGAGCACAAGUUAGAAGAUGCUCAAGGAUGUGGAACUACACUGAGCCAGUCUUUAUCUUGGCUUCACAAAGAUUGGACUCUUCACCAUUCUUCCUCUUUGGGGAAGAAUAUUAAAACCCAGAACCAAACAGAUGGCCUCCUUUAUGAGUUCAUGGCUUUGGCCUUGAGUGGAGGUACCAUAUGGCCAUGCUACUUGUUGAGAGGUUGACUCCUAUGCCAUGUCUCUCCUAAGCGUGUGAGAAUUUUUCCCUUCGUUUCAUAUUUGCCUAAGACAGUCUUCCAAAGAUUGGGGCCUUGUCCUCAGCCAUUAAAGGAACAUGAACUUUUAAUCAUCUAGAGAUUUCAUAAAAGAAUGGAAAAACUCUUCUCGUCAACAAACAGGCAAUACAAGAAAAACAACCAAUUAGACGAUGGCUACCAUAUGCACCACUUCAACAAGUCCAUUUCCUUGUUAAACUUGCAGUUUGAAGAUAGAACCAGAAAGCUGUAGUCGAAUGAAAACAUUCACCAUAGUCUUGGAGUUCCAGGAGGAUCUAUUCUUGACAUUCCCCCUGGUCUGGUGGUUGUCACGUGUUUGUCUACAGUUUUUCUUUAUCAGGUGUCCUGAUCAUUUUCUGCCCCCUGAGGAAAGGAACAAGGAAACUUUUUAUAGGAUUGAAAGAAAAAUGAGCAGAAAUGUGAAACCUAGAAUUAGGCUAAGCAGUCAUCAAUUGCAGAAGUGCAUGUUGGCAGAGAGAGCUGUACACUCCAGUUAACUACAUUCAAACAGCUCAUAGCAUAAUAUGCCUGCUCACAAGCUUAAUUUACCUUUAGGCACCACCACUGGAAAUACUGCCAGAGGAUGGCCUGCUAUGUUGUUAACCAAUUGAGAAAAUGCAGUUUGAUCCGUGCUCAUGGGGAACUGUCAAACUGUUUAAGCCAAGAAAAGAAAGGGGAGUUAGGCCACAUUUGCUAUCUUCAGAUUCUGAGGGUUUAUGUUACAUCUUCAGAAAUAAAAUCUUUAAGAAUUUGAUUAGUAGUGCUAGGCAAUUCCCCCUCAGCUACAUUUCUGACUUCGCCAUCCUAAUCCUUACUGUUACCCUCUCCUUGCUACUGCCUAAUCACUAAGCAUUGACUCUGUGACCCUGAGAAAACCUGCUUAUUUUUUGGAAGCAAGUUGAAGACAGAAUCCUCGCCCUACUGGUAUUGGAGAUAGGUGGGUAUUUGUGUGUGUAUAUAUAUAUAUAUAUAUAGAGAGAGAGAGAGAGAGAGAGAGAGAGAGAAAAUAAAUAUAUACCAUUUUUUAUGUUUUAAGAAG